CAGCAGCAGAAUGUUCUGAACCAGGUAGUGUCUCUGUUAUUCUUCUAUAAUUUGCUAUACAUCAGGCACUGAACAUGUUUUUUUUUUUCCUUAACAGAUGCAUAUAACAACCCAUCACAAAAAAGUACCAGAGGACAAAGAUGGAACAUAUAUCCUUACCUAUGAUGCAAAUGAUGAGGAGGAAGAGGAGUGGCGUUUUACCAGGGCCUCAAGGAGACGUGGAGACCCAUGUUACCACUACACAGUCCUGGAUCAGGCCUGGCGUGCUACCAACAUCACCACCAAGUAUAAAAUGUGUGACCGCAACAUCAAAUGGAAAGGUUGGUAUCGCCUCUUCUACAAUGGUAAGAGUCUGCAGAUGCCUGAGAGGUGUGUUCCAGUCAACAAAUGUGGCACUCAAGCCCCACUGUGGCUAGCAGGGCCUCACCCGAAAAGAAGACAGGGCAUUGUCACCCGCAGGGUCUGUGGACACUGGAAGAAGAACUGCUGUGCUUUCCGGUCCACGCCCAUUCAAGUCAAGAAGUGUCGUGGCAAUUAUUAUGUCUACAAGUUCACUCCACCAACAGCUUGUUAUUUGGCUUACUGUGCAGACAUAAACACACUUGUAUGUGGGCGGUGCCGAAGAAACCAGUCAUGUGUGAGCAGAGACAAGAUCAACUGGAGGUGUAAGAGGAAGAAAAGAAUGUCUUCUACAAAGAUACACUUCUUUGCUUCUUUCCCUGGCCAGCUGGUGGGCAAGGUGAACAGAAUCAAAUACAGCAAGGUGCUGGUGAACGUGGGCCGAGCCUUCAACAGGAGAACCGGUGUGUUCAAGGCCCCCGUCAAAGGAGUCUACCAGUUCUUCUUCUCCACUCAAACAUCAAACACCGGCCUGAAGACAGAUCUGUGGCUUGUGGUCAAUGGUUAUUGGGUUUCUGUCUCCCACACGCACAUUUCCCGUCCUUCCUCUGUCGGUAACUUGUCAACAUACAUGACCUUCCUACGCAGAGGAGCUGUGGUGUACGUCACCCAAAACUGCGGUAAAUCUUGGGCCAAUGCUGCUUCCAUGACCAUUACUUUUGGGGGCUCAUUGCUCGCACAGUAGAAAUAAUGCCCUGGUUUUGGGAUACUUCUCUUUCAGGUGUAUCAACUUAGAUGAAUCUUCAAAAAAGAAAAUGUUAGCUUUUAUUAGGUUUGCUUUUCAUUUAUUUCUUGUAACUUUUCUAAUUGUUGUGCCACUAUUUUAACAACCACUGUGUUAAAUAAACAUGUUAAUAUCCAAAUGUAAAAAGCUGUGCAUUGUUGUAAAGUUGGAAUAAUUUUAUUUUCAGACACAUUCCUCUUUUUAUUCCUAUUUAUACACAUCAGUAAUGAUUUCUGAUGAGGUGAAAUGAUUACAUACUGA